AUGAAGGUCCUUCUGGUUCUGUCUGUUCUGGCUUUAGCCUCCUCGUAUGCAGAGAUUAACUCUGCUGAGGACGUUACUGCGUUUAACUAUCACAUGCGAAUUGGUAUUCCAGAAGCAGCCAAAAUAAAAAGGAAUGAAGAAGAUGCUGCUAAGGCUGGUUUAGCUGGCCAGAGGAUCGUCGGUGGACAAGUCGGUCUCAUUGUCACAAUUUUGUUCAUCUUUCAAUCCAUAUGUGGUGGCGUUUUAAUUUCCAAUAACCGCGUCGUCACAGCUGCCCAUUGCCACUUUGAUGGCAAUUUUGUUGCCAAUUCCCACACCGUCGUCCUGGGAUCCAACACCAUCUUCUCAGGCGGUGUGCGCCAUACUACCACCGACAUCGUCAUGCACGCUAAUUGGACUCCUAGUAUCGUUGCAAACGACAUCGCUGUCCUCCGUAUCCCAAAUGUUGGUUUCACAAAUGUGAUUCAACCAGUUGCUUUACCAACUGGUGCCGAACUCAACCAAAACUUCGUUGGCUUAAUUGGUCUCGCAUCUGGUUUCGGUCGCACCAGCGAUACCAACACUAAUAUUCCACAAAAUCAACCCAUUAGCUCCGUCAACUUGCCAAUCAUUACUAACGCUGCAUGCGCAGCUACUUACGGAAAUAUCGUCCUAAGCUCCAACAUCUGUACAAGCGGCGCAGGCGGCCAAGGUACUUGCCAGGGCGAUUCUGGUGGUCCUCUUGUUGUUACCAGCAAUGGCAGGAGAAUUUUGGUGAGUGUUAUUCGAUGUUUGAAUUUCGCCAAAUGUUGCAUUUGAAUUAAUUUUGAAGCAGUUAUCGUCAAAUAAUCAACCUGACAUUUUGCUUAGCUGACAAUACAGCUUUAGUUUACCUGACAAUACAUGGCAAAUCAUAUUUUUUUUAGAAAACUUCAUAAAACCCUUAUUUUUCGUUUAAUUAAAUAUAUUCUGAGAACUGAGUUUUAUCAUCUGUAAUAAUAUCUUAAGCAUUAUAAUUUUUCUAACACUAACACUUUUAGGCUCGGUUGUACCAUAAUUGUAGCUAAAGUUAAGGUUUAUGUCAAAUUUGACAAUAUUUGUCACGCUGGCUUGAACAUUGACUAUCAUAUACAAACUACAAAUAAACCUGAAUUAAAUAAAUUUCCAUGACGUCACUCAAUAUUAAACAAAUGAUGAAUUAUUUAAUAAAGAAAUAAUAAGGGUCAGUUGCACCAACUUACUUUAACAAUAACAUCAUCUUAAAGCAGUUUAAGCAAAUAAUAACGAGGUAUCAUUUCGCAAUGGUUGGAUGACGUCAUAAUUUUAACAGUAAACUAUAACCGCCUUAGGCUGGAUUACACCAUAUGGGUAAUUAAAGAUAGGCUGACUUUAGUUUUGACUGUGGAAUGCGUUGCGCCAUCCUCUUUCUUGGCAUAGUAUAAAAUCAACUUCGAAACUAAGGGUUGGUUGCGACAACUUACUUUAACAAUAACGAACAUGUUAUAGUACCGUAAAGUAAGAAUUAAGUAAGUAAGUAGUAGUUAAAGCAAAUAAGUAAUGUGUUGCAUCAUUUGGCAUUGGGCAGAGGAUGUCGUUAUUUUGGCUGUAAACUAUAAAUGUUAUUGUUUUGAAAAUUUAUGAAAAUGUAUUUAAUUAAGGUUAAUUUGUAGUUUGAUUGUGUACCAACUAACUAUUCGCAAGCGCCUUCGUCCAUACUGUCCUGUAUAUGUAUAUAUAAACCUUGCUCUUGAUUCGCUCUGUAUAUUGACAUAGAUGAAAACCACCUUAAUUCCGUUGUGUACCUCUAGUUUAAAAGAUCACAACUCUAUUUUAUACUACAUAUGUACAUUUUGUAAUUUUUAUGUUACUGCUUAUUCAUUUAGUCUGAUAACUGAUUCUUUGUUUGAUUAA